GUCGAACUGGCAGUGUCAGUCGGUAAGUUAGCUGGCUGAGUGUUGCGUUUUGUUAUUAUGAUUAAUUUCCAAAUCGGCUUUUGUUAUAAUAGACAGUUUUGGAAAGUGGUCAAUGUAAUAAGUUUUAGCGAAAAUGACAACGGUGGAUUCUAUAAUGGUUGACAUUGACAAUAAUAAAACAACCAACGAAAUGAAGUCGCCCACAGAAGAAAAUGUUUCAUUUGGAGAAAAUAAAUCGACAUCUGAUGUGUCUGUGUCGGAUGAAGAACGUCAGACUGGAGUCGGAACAGGAGAACAUGGAUGCGAUCAGCAAGGGAAUUCCAGAAAAAGAAAAAGGCGACGAAUUAAAGGUGGUAAGCAUCACAGAAAAUGGAAACCUUACGAUAAGUUGACAUGGUCAGAAAAAAAGGCUUUGGAAGAAAAAGAGACAAUUCGCGCGACGCAAAAACGACAGGAGGCUUUUGCAUCAGGACAUCCGAUCGCUCCGUACAAUACAACACAAUUUCUAAUGGAAGAUCACAUUCAAAGUGAAGCCUCCCCAGAUUUAUUAGAAGUAGAAAAUGGCGAAAAUUUAAAUGUUAGUGUUUCAUCCAAACAUCGAGAUUCAUUCAAUAGUGACGGUUCUUCAGAUUCUGAUUAUUGUGCAGACGACGACGAAACGUUUUUAGCGAAAGAAUUUUCGGAAGCAUACGAUAACAUCCACGCAGAAAGACUACAAACUAUGUCAAAAGAACAAUUGGUGAAAGAUUUUGUUGAAUUAGAAAGAAAAGUAGAAACUCUGGAGAAAAAAUUGAAGAAUUCUAAUCAAAAUUGUGUAACAAAUGAACGCGAUAAUUCUGACGGGACGUCAUUGAGUAGCAGUGGCGAAGAAUUGGCGCUGUUUGAUUUAGCAACGAGGGAAGAAAUGAAACGCUUGAAAGAAGACAACAGUACUAUGAAAAAACAAAUUGAAGAAAUGAAGAAUAAGAAUGGUUCUUGCUAAAAUGAACGUUAUUUUGUUGACAACUGACAAUUUGUGUACAGAACCGUUAGCAAUACCCGUAACAAAAUUUCUUCUCUUGACAUUCUAAAACUUGUCCGUCGACUGCUCGUGGAAGAGUUCAUUUACCCUUAUAGGGUCAGCAGCUCGUUUGAUGAGAGUGAAUGUUCACAGAUUUGUAACUGGUGAUACCAAAGUUAUUUAUGUAGUUUUAUUUGCAAACUUUAUUUCAAAGUAGUGCUUAUUUAGUUGAAUGAUUCCAAUGUCUAUUUUGUAAGCAAUAUGUGUGCUUCCACCCCUGCUGGCAUAAUCUGACCAGUCUGAAUCUAUAUUCCACCCACCUGAUGACACUAGCAAAGAAAGGCAUGAUAUUGCUAUGUUGGCUGUUCUCAAUGGUGUCUGUAAUGUAAUGGUAGUUUUAGAAGACAAUCAACAUUAUGUGGUGAUCAACUGUAUGUAUAAUUUAUGAAAAUAAGUUGUGUGAACUGUGGGUUAUUAAAUGUGUUGAAACAUAAUUUUGAUUGAAAAUAAUAAGUUGAAAAAUAUAAAAAUUCUUCAGAAACAUUUUUUUUUUGUCUGUUUCUGUAAGUAUGGUUAUUCUGUUUUAGACAAAAAUGAUCACUUUAAUUUUAACGUUUAUAAUGCCACUUGAUACAUAGCAUAAAAUUUUUAGAAGAACCUCACAUGUAUAUAAAAGUUUAUAAAGCUUAAAAUUAUUUUUUGGAUGAUAUGAGCGAAAUGUUGAAUGUUUUUGUUGGAAAGGGAAAGAAUGUAGGAAAUAAAACAAAUUUGUUGCUGUAUAUGUGCCAUUAUUAAAAUGUCUUUCGUCAUUAGGGCAUUAUUUCAUUAUGACAAAUAUAGACAUUUUUAUAUUUUAGAAAUUUUAAAAAAAAUGUUAAUUUUAAAUUAACAUUUUUGAGGAAUAUUUUCCACUUUUUGAAAAAUAUAAAAACUAUAAAAAAAGGGAAUCCAUAUUUGGAUUAGAAAAUAUUAAAAAUUGAGUAAAAAAAUGUGUAGACAAAAUAUUAAAUAUUUUUGUAUGCAAAUAUUUUUGCACAAGUUUGUCACAUUGUCUGCCAAUGUCUUUCCUUUUUCAUGCCCAUUUUGUUUCAAGCGGUCCAGUUGUGUUAAAAUAUAUAAUAAAAUUUGGUUAUAUGAUUUUUUGCGAGUACAUGUAGUUCUGCAAACCUCUUUAAGUAUUAAGGCUGGAAUAAAGUUAUGGUAUAGUCAAGUUAAACUAUAAAGAAAUUCUUAAGAGAGCUAGCUUUAUAAGUAAGGAAAAUUGUUCACCUUGCACACUCGUCCUCCUACCUCUUCCUUGUUGACUGGAAAGAUUGUAGGAAUCUGUUAUCAGAAAAUUUUGUAAAUAGUUUAAUUGCAAUUUUGGUUCCGACAUAAUAAGAAGUGUCAUCAGGCAAAUGUAGACUCUUUAAGAGAGAAUUCUAGGAGCAAACAUUACAAAUACUGUAGUCUUAAAUGUAAUCACCCUGCAUAAAUAAUCUAGUAGUGUUACUAGGGUAGUAAAAGUAUGGAAAUGGGCACAUAUGUCAAAACAUUGGAAUGAGGUGGAAAAUAUGAGACCGAUGAAAUUUGUGAUGUGCCCAGUGGAUUGACAGGUUGAGCUCAAAUCUAUUGUGGUCCAUCUCAUUUCUGAAAAAUAAUUUAGUUAUUCGCUUUAAUCUGUGCUACGUUCUUACUAGUUUCAAGAAAAUUAUGUUUUGUAACUACAUUAACCAGGAGUUUCAUCAAAUGAUUUUACCUUGAAACAAAAGUACUUGUUUGGAAAAAGUGAAGCAACUGGACUGCUCUCAUUCAUAUUCAUACCAGUUUACAUAAUGUUAAUUGCAUUUGUUAUUUUAUUUCUUUUUCUUAUAAAAUAUUAUGGAAAACUAAAAAAAAAAAAUAACAAAAUUAAAUUUAUUGUUUAACUGA